CCGAAAAACCCAAAAUCCAAGAUGACUCAAUCCAAUCCCAUCCAAUCCGAACCGUAUGCCAGGUCUAGUCCUUUGUCACGCUGAGUUGCUGACCAUAUUCGGAGAUUCGUUGCUACUUAUGCGUGGUGAGGCUGACGGAAAUGGCCAAGCUACCGGCCAAGUUUGUGGAGGAUUCAAUGGAGAUGGGCUUGCAGGUGGGUUACUGUCUACAAAAUGGAGUGAUUGGACGGACCCCCCAGAAAGGUACGAAAAGGAGAUGUUUGGAGAACAGAAUCCAAGCACGAGCUAGGCAUAGGGAUAGGGAUUGCCUAAGUUGAGUAUGAAGUGAAGACAUGAACUUUUGUUUUUAGGUUUUAGUCUGUUAAUGAGCUAAUUCUUUUCCAGAACAAUAUUUUGUAGCUUUGCUUGUGCAAAGCUUUUAUCUUUUGUUUGUUUUUCAUGGAUUUUGGUCUGUGGGCAUUUGUUUCUUUGUGUUUCUUGUUUUUCCACUCCAUUUCAAAGAAAUUGAAACUUUUUUU